AUGACGGUGGCAGGCAGCGGCGGUGACGAGAUGGAGCAACAAGAUUCUAGACCAGGUGAUGUAUCUAACAUCCCUAAGUUAGAAGAUGCCAAAUUUGCCGGUAAAGACUCUCAAAAGUGUACCUUGAUAUUGACAGAGGGUGAUUCUGCCAAAUCCCUUGUUAUGAUGGGACUCACCGUAGUCAACAAUCGAGAACAUUAUGGUGUCUUUCCUCUGAGAGGAAAGCUUCCCAACGCAACUAGAGCAUCAAUGAAAAAGGUGUUGAAAAACAAUGUCAUCAACAAUUUAACAAGAAUUCUUGGCUUAGUUUGUGACGAGAAUGUCCUUGGUAAGAAGAAUGGUGUUGAUAUAAGGAAGUCUCUAAGAUAUGGCCGCAUACUUCUUAUGAUGGAUCAAGAUCAUGAUGGAUCGCACAUUAAAGGAUUGGUGAUUAAUUUAAUACAUAGGAUGUGGCCAACACUAGUUCGAACUACAAAUUGUCAGUUUAUCUAUCAAUUCACUACUCCAAUCGUCAAAGCCACUCAUUCUAAAUCAGAUAUGGUUAAAUCAUUUUACACCAUUCAAGCUUUCGAAGAUUGGAGAAAAGAUGAAAAUGAUGUGUCAAGUUGGACAACUAAAUACUACAAGGGAUUGGGUAAUAGUACUGAUCAAGAAGCGAUUGAUUACUUUAAAGAGAUGGAUAAGAGUAUAAAUAUUUUCACCUGGAAAGAUGAAUUGGAUAGCAAAGCAAUAGAGGUUGCCUUUGACAAAACAAAAGUUAAAGAUCGAAAGGAUUGGAUCCUUAGUUUUCAGUCCAACAAUUAUUUGGAUAGAGAUGAAAAAUAUAUACGAUUCAAAGACUUCAUUGAUAAAGAAUACAUUUUAUAUGCUAAAGCAAAAUUAAGAAGAAACAUUCCAUCUAUCAUGGAUGGCCUUGUUCCUGCCCAAAGGAAAAUUCUAUACUGUUCUUUUAAAAAGAAUUUGGUCAAAGAAAUUAAAGUGAACCAAUUUGUUGGUUGUGUCUCAUGGGAAUGUGCAUAUCAUCACGAUGAAGAAUGUCUCGCCCAAACGGUCAUUAAAAUGGCACAAAAUUUUGUUGGAAAGAAUAACAUCAAUCUUUUGAAACCCAUCGGUCAAUACGGCAGUUGUAACUUGGCCGGUAAAGACCACGCUAGUCAUAGAUAUCUAAACACGGAACUUAGUCCUGUUACUCGUUACCUCUUCUGCAAUGAUGAUGAUAAAAUACUUAACUAUAAUAUGGAUGAAAAUGGAAAGACUAUUGAACCAAAAUGGUUCUUGCCCGUCAUUCCCAUGGUUCUUGUCAAUGGUAGCCAAGGGAUUGGAAUAGGCUGGAAUUCAUUUGUUCCAAAAUAUAACCCAAAAGAUAUUAUUAACAAUAUAAAACGCAAGUUCAAUGGUGAAUCCUUAGAAGAAGAUAAAAUGACUCCGUGGUAUAAAGGUUUUAAAGGCACCAUUGUGCGAAAAGACAAGGGGAUAUAUCAUAUCGAUGGUUUAGUAACCCACGGAAAAGGAUACACCUACCACAUAAAAGAGCUACCGAUAGGGACAUCGAUUGAAGGUUAUAAAAAAUACCUAAAAUCUAUAUCUAAAGGGACGGCAAAAAACAAUACUCCUCUCAUUAAGGAGUUUGAACAAAUAGGAGAUAGUAGAACGGUUGGAUUCCAUAUCGAGUUUAUCCAAGCUCCAUCCAAAGAUGAUGAUUUAAUUGAAAUCUUAAAUUUGAGAACCACAAUUUCAACUAAUGAUAUGCAUCUUUAUAACAAAAGAAAUCAUAUAGAGAAGUUCAACUCCGCAGAAAAAAUUCUUGAACACUUUUAUUAUGAACGAUUGGAGAAAUAUAAGAAGAGAUGGGAUGUCAUGUUGCAAAACAUUGAAUCUGAUUUGAUAGAUAUGGAGAACACAAAAAAGUUUGUAAUGUUGGCCAGAAGUCGGAAAUUUGGUUUUUUGACAGAAGAUAGCAAAGAUUUGCGAAAAAUUUGUAUGGACCACAACAUUGCUGCUGAUUCUAUCCAGUCUCUUUUAUCUUUACCUUUAAGUGCUUUUUCUAAUGAAGGGUUAAAGAAAGUUGAAGAUAAAAUACAAGAGAAGGAAGAGGAGAAGAAUGCUCUUUUUAAUAAAACGGAAAUUCAAUUGUGGAAGGACGACUUGGACACAUUUGAAGAAGAGUGGCAGAAAGAAGAAGCAAGUUGGAAAAGUGAUACAAUGUCACAAGCAUGCCCAAUUUGUGAACCGCCAAUUAAUAGCAAUGCAGAUAUGGGCCAAGAGUUAUUGGGCCGAGGCAAGAGAACGAUUAAGAAGCCUGGUCACUUAAAUGCCUUCUAUUUAGAGUAA